AUGUUUAAGACUCUCUCAUCCAAAGCAGCAGCCCAGCUUGACCAAGAGCUCAUGUCGACGGGAAGCUUCUCAAUCGAUCAGCUUAUGGAGUUGGCCGGACUUGCCGUCGCUAAAAGCAUUUACAAGCAGUACCCACCACAAAAUUCCAAGUCUAAAGUAUUAGUGCUUGUUGGACCAGGAAACAAUGGAGGAGACGGCUUAGUUUGUGCACGCCACUUGAAAUUGUGGAGAUCAUACGAGCCAGUAAUCUUCUACCCCAAGAGACCUAAAAAGGAUCUUUACAUCAACUUGAUGAAACAAUUGAAUGAUUUGGGCGUUCAGGAAAUCAGCACCUUGGAAGAGGUUAAGAACUUGCUCCAAGGAAGUUCUGUGAGCGUGAUAAUUGACGCUCUCUUCGGCUUUUCAUUCAAGCCACCAAUACGUGAACCCUUUGACGAUUUGAUUUCAUACUUACUGUCCCAUUCAAGUGAAAUAGCACCUGUUGUCUCGAUUGACAUACCUUCAGGAUGGGAUGUUGAUGAAGGACCUCUUGAUACUGACAUCAAGGCUUCCAUGUUAGUUAGCUUGACUGCUCCUAAGCCUUGUGCGCUUAAGUUUGCGAAACAAGGCAAGCCUCAUUACUUGGGCGGAAGAUUUAUCAACGACAAUGUUGCGUCAAAAUAUGAUAUUGUUGAUUUGAUUGCGAAAUACAAAGAGGAUGAGCUUGUAGUUAAGCUUUGA